AUGAGCCGUCUCGUAUCUCGACUGGUUAGCAGCCUCUCAGAUGAGCCAAAGUCGAGCAACACACAUCAAACCAUCACCCUUCGCCCGUCACCGAAAGACAAAAACUUGACCCUCAUACACUUGGCCGGCCACCCACUUGAUGCUCCUCCUCUUUAUACCGUCAUCGCUGCAAGCGAUAACGUCUCCGUGUAUCGUGGCAACCUGGCUCCCGUCAACCUAAUUGGGACCGCUGACUCGUCUUCCAUCACAUUGCACGGCCAGCAGGUAAAAGUGAGAUCGAGUCAAAUAUCUGGCAAUCUAAGCCUGGAAUGGCCAACCGCAGGAACUCUGAAGUGGAAACCAGACAUGUUGACAGGCAGUUCUCUAGAUCUGUCAGACAACUUCGGGCGGAAUCUAGCAAAGUUCAAGUCGACCAGCAUGCUCAAGCCGAGUGAGAAGGUGAUUGAGAUUCUAGUCCCGUGUGACGAAGUUUUCACGGCGUUGGUGGUUCUAUCGGGCUUGGCCGCAAAGGCGGCUACGAGGAAGAACAUGGAAGCUGCCUCGGAGAUUGUGCAGGCGUUAGCAGGCACCUAG